CGGGGCGAGGUUGAAAUACGAUGAGUGUUCUAAAAGUGAAACUGACCCCCCCACACACACAUCCAGAGGGUAUAAAAGAUCCUGGGCCGCCUGAAGAGAGCCCUUCCCCAUCUUGGAGAGGACCAAGCGCAACCAUGGCACCGGCAGGGACAAAGAAGGGCAUCCUGGAGAGGCUGAACGCCGGCGAGGUGGUCAUCGGCGACGGCGGCUUCGUCUUCGCCUUGGAGAAGCGAGGCUACGUCAAGGCGGGGCCGUGGACGCCCGAGGCUGCCUCCGAGCACCCUGAAGCGGUGCGGCAGCUGCACAGGGAGUUCCUCAGGGCGGGAUCCAACGUCAUGCAGACUUUCACCUUCUACGCCAGCGAUGACAAGCUGGUGAACAGGGGCCACACCCAACGCUUCACCGGGCAGCAAAUCAACGAGGCGGCGUGCGACCUGGCGAGGCAGGUGGCCGACGAGGGCGACGCCCUGGUGGCGGGCGGCGUGUCCCAGACGCCCGCGUACCUCAGCUGCAAGAGCCAGGACGACGUCAAGGCCAUCUUCAAGAAGCAGAUGGACGUCUUUGUGAGCAAGAACGUCGACUUCUUGAUCGCCGAGUACUUUGAGCACGUGGAGGAGGCGGAGUGGGCGGUGCAGGUCCUGAAAGGCACCGGCAAGCCGGUGGCAGUCACGCUGUGCAUCGGACCCGAGGGGGACCUGAACGGAGUCAGCCCGGGAGAGUGCGCCGUCCGCCUCGUCAAAGCCGGCGCCGACAUCGUGGGCGUCAACUGCCACUUUGACCCGGCCACCUGCGUGCGCACGGUUGCCAUGAUGAAGGCGGGCGUGGAGAAAGCCGGCCUGAAGGCGCACUACAUGAGCCAGCCGCUGGCCUACCACACGCCUGACUGCAACAAACAGGGAUUUAUCGAUUUGCCCGAGUUCCCCUUCAGUCUGGAGCCGAGGAUCCUGACCCGCUGGGACAUGCAGAAGUACGCCCGGGAAGCGUACGCCGCCGGAAUUCGCUACAUCGGCGGCUGUUGCGGUUUCGAGCCCUACCACGUGCGCGCCUUGGCCGAGGAGCUGGCGCCCGAGAGGGGUUUCCUGCCGGCGGGUUCCGACAAGCACGGCCUGUGGGGCAGCGGCCUGGAGAUGCACACCAAGCCCUGGUGCAGAGCCAGGGCCCGCCGAGACUACUGGGAGAAGCUGAAGCCGGCAUCCGGUCGUCCACUGUGCCCUUCUAUGUCCAUGCCAGACAGCUGGGGGGUCACCAAAGGUCACGCGGACCUCAUGCAGCAGAAGGAAGCCACCACCAAGGAGCAGCUCCAAGAUCUGUUCAGCAAAGCCGACAAAGGCCAGUGAGAACCUGUCAUGAAUGCAAAUGUCAUUUUUACAGCAACAAUAAAUAUUUACAAAAGGUU